GGCACUAGCUGUCAGGUAGUCGAUGCGCGUACGUAUACGACCGGCUGCACAGCUUACUGACAGUUCUGACGUUAGAUACAUAAUGCUGCGCCGGACAUCUGGUGGCUCCGUUCUGCACUAGUUUUCUAUUCCCACUCUCUCUACUCUACCUGCAAGUCUCAUCUCAGCACAGUCUAGUUUAGACACGAUCACGUGGCACAACACUGACGCCCUCUGUAGUACGCGUCACAUACCAGAGGAACUGGUUUAGCUAUUCAAGCGUCCCUUCUAAACUUCACACAAGCGCUGCCAAAAUGUCACAAGUCAAGCUCGUAAGCAAUGAUGGUGUGCGCUUUACAGUUGAUUCCGAAAUUGUUAAAAAGUGUAUGAAGACUGUAAAAAAUUUGUUUGACGGCCUGGGCAAGUUCGAGCCAGAAGAAGAAAUCCCGAUUCCAGUCGUAAACGGAGAAAUUCUUAAAAAAGUAAUGGACUGGGUUAUUCAUCACAAGGGCGAACCUCCUUUUUACCAAGAAGUCAGAGAUAUACGCGAGUGGGACAAGAAUUUUUUAGAGGUCGACGACGAAACAUUAUCUGAUAUCAUCGAAGCUGCUAAUUACCUAGAGAUGGGAGACUUGCUACAACUGUGCUAUGUACAUACGUGGCGGGACAAAUGAAAAGCAUAAUUGUUCUGAUUAACCUAAACGUUGAAUAUGAAUGUAUAAUAAAUGUAUGGAUUAAGUAUUAUUUUUGACGCAAGUAAA